AUGGAAAAGUGUUCAGUAUGUGAUGUUGAAGGGACACAUAAAUGUUCUGGGUGCAAUGGAAAGUAUUAUUGUUCGAGAGAUCAUCAGAAAAUUGAUUGGAAAAAUCACAAGAAUGAGUGCAAGUGCUAUGAGAUUGCAAGCAACAAUGUCUUGGGUCGUUAUAUGAACGCUAAACGUGAUAUCAGAGCUGGCGAAAUAAUUUUCCGAGAGCAGCCAUGUGUUUUAGGUCCCAAAAUAGCUUCGCAUGUUAUAUGCCUGGGUUGUCAUAAAACAAUUAAUCCACCAAUGUGUGGAGAUUAUUACAAGUGUUCUAAAUGCAAUUGGCCAAUGUGUGGGAAAAAUUGUGAAACACUUCCAUGGCAUGUUGAUGAAUGUCGCGUGAUGCAUGAAAAAAUGUUUAAAAGUCCAAUAAGAAACACGGGAGAAGUGAAGAUUGAAUCGAGUUAUUGCGUGAUUGUUCCCUUGCGAAUCAUGUUGUUGCAGCAUAAAAAUCCAAAGAAUUAUAAAGCUAUCAUGGAACUUGUGUCACAUUUAGAUCAACGACUUCAGACAAAACUUUAUGGAGCUUUACGAGUAAAUCUCGUGCCAUUUUUCAAAGAUUUCUUAAAAUUUCAAUCUUGUACCGAGAAUGACAUUCUUAACAUCGCAGGGAUUUUGGAUACAAACUGCUUUGAUAUCAUUUUACCUUCAAAACAGAUCAGAGCACGCGGAAUUUAUCCGUUGACAGCGAUGAUGGCACAUGAAUGUGUUCCCAAUACAAAACAUUUUGUUGAUGGAAAUUUAGAAAUGAAAGUCAUCGCUUGCACAUCAAUCAAGAAAGGUGAAAUGAUUUUAACAAGCUACACACAUCCAUUGAAAACAACAAUCGAAAGAAGACAUCAAUUAAAGGAAGCGAAAUGUUUUGAUUGUCUUUGCCCACGUUGCAGUGAUUCAUCAGAAAUGGGAACAUUUGCAUCUGGAGUGAAGUGUUUGAAAUGUUCAAUUGGAAUCGUAAUCUCAAUUGCUCCACUUGACAAUUUAUCAGAUUGGCAAUGUAACAUUUGUCUACAUAAAUUUGCAGCUCUUGACGUUCUAAAUAUUUUGAAUCGUGCUAGGAGAUCUUUAGAAUCGUUGAAUAAAAAAUCAAUAAAUGAAUGUGAAAAGUUUUUGUUAAAUUUUGAAACUUUUCUUCCUUCAUCAAAUGUUAUUGUAAUUGAUGUUAAGUAUGCUUUAUGUUUGCUUUAUGGAAAUGCCACAGGAUAUGAAACAAAAGACUUAACGGAACGACAACUCAUCAGAAAAGCAGAACUAUGUGAACAAACAAUUGACGCUUUAAAUAAACUUGAACCGGGAAUUUCAAAUUCCAUUACAAAUGUAAAAUUUGAAAUGUCGACAGUAAAAAUUGCACAAAUUAAACGCAAGACGGCGUCAAAUGUUCUCUCCAAAGUUGAUGCUGACAAGCUUAUUGAAUGUGAGAUGAAGAAUUGUCGUGAUCAAUACGAAUUUCUCAUGGCAGGAAGUGAAGAUGCCUCGUUAGAGCGUAAUAAAAAUAUGAUUUGCAUUGGAGAUAUAAAUAUCGAUCUUUUAAACAAUAAAUCAAAUGAACUACGAGAAGUUAUAGAAAGCAACAAUUAUCAAAUUCUUAAUAAAGUUGACCAUGACAAUUACACACGUUGUGACAGUAAUUCCUUUUCAAUUAUCGAUCAUGUCUAUACGGAUGUUCAGAAACAAAUAAUUUUGCAAAUAAUUGAUACAGCUCUUUCCGAUCAUAGGCUUAUUUUAAUUGCAAUAAAAGAAAUGAAAGCUAAAGAUGAAGAAUUUGUUAAAACUAAAGAAUUUACAAAUUUCAAAAUCAUAAGAGAGAAACUACUUGAAAAAAAUAUUGCGGAUUCAUUUGAAAAUUUUGAUGAUUUCUAUGGAUUCUUAAAAGCGCUUAUUAGUCAACAUACAUCUAUUAAAACAAUUAAACCGGAAUAUUCUGCUUAUAAGAAACCAUGGGGAAACAAAUAUUUGAAAGACGUCUCAAUAAAGAACUAUGAGAAAAAAAAAAAGCAGGNGAAAUGUUUUGAUUGUCUUUGCCCACGUUGCAGUGAUUCAUCAGAAAUGGGAACAUUUGCAUCUGGAGUGAAGUGUUUGAAAUGUUCAAUUGGAAUCGUAAUCUCAAUUGCUCCACUUGACAAUUUAUCAGAUUGGCAAUGUAACAUUUGUCUACAUAAAUUUGCAGCUCUUGACGUUCUAAAUAUUUUGAAUCGUGCUAGGAGAUCUUUAGAAUCGUUGAAUAAAAAAUCAAUAAAUGAAUGUGAAAAGUUUUUGUUAAAUUUUGAAACUUUUCUUCCUUCAUCAAAUGUUAUUGUAAUUGAUGUUAAGUAUGCUUUAUGUUUGCUUUAUGGAAAUGCCACAGGAUAUGAAACAAAAGACUUAACGGAACGACAACUCAUCAGAAAAGCAGAACUAUGUGAACAAACAAUUGACGCUUUAAAUAAACUUGAACCGGGAAUUUCAAAUUCCAUUACAAAUGUAAAAUUUGAAAUGUCGACAGUAAAAAUUGCACAAAUUAAACGCAAGACGGCGUCAAAUGUUCUCUCCAAAGUUGAUGCUGACAAGCUUAUUGAAUGUGAGAUGAAGAAUUGUCGUGAUCAAUACGAAUUUCUCAUGGCAGGAAGUGAAGGUAGAAGCCAAUUGGAAAGUCGUCUAAAACGUUUAAAUGAAUUAUAA